GUCCUGGAAAGGAAUCUGGGUCAUAUGCAUGGGUAUAUGUCCUAAUGGGCAAUAUGCUUCGUGGAAUUGGGGAAACUCCCAUAGGACCCUUGGGGAUUUCUUACCUGGAUGAUUUUGCUGAAGAAGGACAUUCUUCUGUUUAUUUAGGUAGUCUGAAUGCAAUAGCAAUGAUUGGUCCGGUGACUGGCUUCAUCCUGGGAUCUCAGUUUGCUAAACUGUGGGUGGAUGUUGGAUAUGUAGACCUGAGCAGUAUCAGAAUAACUCCUAAGGACUCUCGCUGGGUUGGUGCUUGGUGGCUCGGUUUCCUUGUGGCUGGACUGUUAUCCAUUAUUUCUUCCAUACCAUUUUUUUUCUUGCCCAAAAGUCUGGAUAAACCACAGAAAGAAAGGAAAGUUUCAGUAUCUUUGCAUGCGCUCAAAACAAAUGAGGAAAGAAGUCAAAUGGCUAAUUUGACCAACCCUGGGCAAAAGGUUACUGGAAAUAUAACUGGUUUCAUCGAGUCCUUGAAAAGCAUCCUUACCAAUCCCCUAUAUGUUAUAGUAUUGGUUUUGAUGUGGCUACAAAUCAGCAGCUUUAUUGGUGCUGUUACUUAUGCCUUCAAAUACGUGGAACAGCAGUAUGGUCAGUCCGCAUCUGAGACCAACAUUUUGUUUGGGAUGGUAGCCGUACCGACUGUUGCAGUUGGAUUGUUCACAGGAGGAUAUAUCAUUAAAAAAUUCAAAUUUACCUUGCUUGGAUUUGCCAAAUUUUCACUUUUUACCAAUUUGGUGGCCUUCACAUUUCACCUGUUAAAUUAUGUGCUAGUCUGUGAAAGCAAACCAGUUGCUGGCCUAACCCUGACCUAUGAUGGAAUUAGUCCAGUGGCAUCUCAUAUAAAUGUACCACUUUCUUAUUGCAACUCAGACUGCAAUUGUGAUCAAAAUCAAUGGGAACCAGUCUGUGGGGACAAUGGAAUCACUUACAUCUCACCUUGUCUAGCAGGAUGCAAAUCUUCAAGCGGCAAUAAAAAGCCAAUAGUGUUUUAUAACUGUAGUUGUGUGGAAGUGACUGGUUUCCAGAACACAAAUAACUCAGUUCGCUUGGGUGAAUGCCCAAGAGAGGAUCAAUGUAAAAGAAAAUUUUAUUUUUAUAUAGCAGUGCAAGUCUUGCAUAAUUUUUUUGCUGCAUUGGGAGGCACCUCAAUUUUCAUGCUGAUUUUUAAAACCGUUCAACCUGAACUGAAAUCACUUGCAGUGGGUUUCCAUGCACUAAUUAUACGAGCACUAGGAGGAAUUCCAGCUCCUAUAUAUUUUGGGGCUCUGAUUGAUAGAGCGUGUAUGAAGUGGUCUACCAACGACUAUGGGAAUCGAGGGUCUUGUAGGAUAUAUAAUUCCACAUUGUAUGGAUAUACCUACUGGGGCUUGAUGGACAGCUUAAAAUUCUUAGCAUUUAUUUUAUAUAUUGUAUUGAUUUUCACUAUGAAGAAAAAAUAUCAAGGAAAAGAUACUAAGCAAUCAGAAAAUGGAAAAAAAGCCAUGAAUGAAGCAAACGUAGAAUCCUUAAAUAAUGAUGGACAUUCUGCACCUCCAGCCAGAACAAAGAAUGAAACACAUAUAUAAGGGGAGAAAAAAAUU